AUGAGCGACCAACAGCAACAGCAGGAAGAAUACGCGCCCACAGCCUCGGGCACCGAGUGGGCAGAAGAAAUCACUAGCCUUGAGGAUUACGUCCACAAAAGUGCAGGACGCCUCGAAGCGACCGUCGCCAAUUCUUGUGUCCCCAAGGACAAUGGAGACGCCCUAACGGAUGGCGGGAUCUUGACGAGUGCAAACCACAAGACAUGGUUCCCCUAUGUGCACCCUCGCCAGUGGAUCCAUAAGGUUUCUAAGGAGUAUCGAUAUGGCAACUAUGUCAUCGUUGACCGCAAGACAGGCAAGAUGGUGUGGGAGGACAUGCCAGUCUAUGCCCGCAUUGGGAUGCACCUUCUCUUUGCCUGUCAAUUCGAUCACAGGCAAUCGCUGACGCAAGGCAAACACUUUGAUGAUCCAGUAUCUGUCAGUCAUAUCGGAUCCUUUAUCAAGACGUACAGACUGGAUUUGACAGAGUUGUUGGAGGAGAACCUGGCCAAUUACGGAACGUUCAACGAGUUCUUUUAUAGGAAGCUAAAGCCAGUUGCGCGGCCUAUUGACAGCAAGGACGAUCCCACGGUGAUAACCUCAGCUGCAGAUUGUCGUCUCGCCGUCUUCGACUCGAUCUCAACUGCACAAGAGUUCUGGAUCAAGGGCCAGAAAUUCACCCUCCCAAUCUUCCUCCAGGACCCCGACCUCGCCGCAGAAUUCGACCAAUCUUCUAUCGCGAUUUUCAGGUUGGCCCCACAGGAUUAUCAUCGGUUCCAUAGUCCUGUGAAGGCGACGGUGUCGAGAGAUAGGGAGCCGGUGAAGAUUGGGGGCACGUAUUUUACGGUGAACCCGAUGGCUGUGAACGAGAAUCUGGAUGUGUUUACGGAGAAUGUUCGUGUUGUUUCUGUGCUUGAUCUUGAUAGGGUUGAAGUCGGGUCGAUUGAACUGACGGGGGGGAAGGUGCCCGGGACCAAGCUGGAGAAGGGAGAUGAGCUCGGGUAUUUCGCGUACGGUGGAUCGACAUGUAUCCUUUUGUUCAAGAAGGGCACCGUUCAGUUUGACCAGGAUCUGAUUGAGAACUCCAAGAAGGGUGUUGAGACACUCGUCCGCAUGGGCGAACACAUCGGACGUCACAUUUGA